AUGGAUGAGGGGCAGGAGGUGGAUGUUGGGGAUGGGAGGGCGGAUCGAGAUGGAGGAGGAGGAGGAAUUGUGAGAGAGAGUAUGGAGAAGGCGGAAAAGAGACGGAAGGUGAUCAGUUUUCCGGGGUUGGGAAGGUUUGAGAUUCCGUUAUUUGGGGGCAGGGAUGAGAAGGAGAGGGAUAAGAGACGGACGACGUGGCCGACGAAGAAGAGUAGAGCCUGGUUUGAGACGUUCUCGAGGUUUAGUGCUACUAGUACUGAUUUGACGGGGACUGCUGGGAUUGGGACUGGGACUGUCGCCACUUCGAGAGCUGUCGCCAGUGAUACCGAGGAGGUCUCCCCCAAGACCCGGACCCAAAGGAGAGGGACGAACAACAGCAACGAUUCCCAUUCCCGCUCGAGCAUAACUACCGCAACCACAACCACCACCUCCAGUCCCGCCUCGUCCAUUUCUUUCAAGAAGAACUCCUUCCAAUGUCAGACCCUCGCCUGGUGCAGCGAGAUCGACUCCGAGUCCCCCACCGAGCGCCACCCCUACGCCUUCUGCACCUACGAAGAAGUUCUCGUAGCCGACGACUCCGACGAAGAAGGCAAAGUCCCUUCGAUCCCCGAAGUCGCCAAGGCCAUCACCACCCCCUCGGACUCUUCACAAUUCAAGCCCUUCAAACUUCCCGCCAUCGGCCAAUUCGUCGACGGCAGCAAGGAGAUCCGCGACCCGACAUUGCCAGUGCUCAAGGAGAUAUCCUCCCUUCUCGGCGUCGACCCUUCCGCCCCUACCCUCCCCUGCAACUACGACCCACCCAUCGACUUGCUUUUGUCUCUGGGCACAGAUGAACAUAACGCUUGGUUUUACGAGACGUUCGUUCAACCUUUCACUUCUAAUUCCAACGAUGCACCAACAUCUUCCCCAGAGACACCCUCCACCCCCUCACCCGCAGAAGAAGAACUCAAAAAACAAAAAGGGCAUUUAUACCACCACUACCGCCGCUUCCAAGUCUCCCCCCUCUCCUUGUCGCCAGUCGUUUCAUCCCUUCCAUUCCUUCGCCGCAGGAACCACCUCAAAGAAAUCGAAGAAGCCACGGAACGCUGGGUGUCGGCUAAUAACGGCGAGCAGAGUACGUCACUAAGGAAAUACGCGGAGAUGUUGGUGCGCAAAAGGAGGCUGAGAAGUGCGACGAGCAGGUGGGAGACGUUUGCGCUGGGGGUUAGAUACUUUUGUUGGCAUGAAGGGUGUGAGAUGAAUCCGCAUACUCAUAAGCAUGAUGAUGGCCAGAGAGAGGGGGAGAUGGGGCAUGAGCAGGAAGGAAAUGAAGAAAUGGUCGAAGGGUUUGAUACAAGAGGAGACUUUUGGGAUCAUUUGGAUGCGAAUCAUAGGAUGGCGAAGAAGGCGGUGAAGGGGGAGGUGUUGAUUGAGGAGUGGUUGGAUAAGGGGAGGAGGUUCGGGUUUUUGUGA